AUGGUUUCUUGGAACUUCCAAAAAUUUAAAACCAUGAAACAUCUACUACUGCUACUAUUGUGUGUUUUUAUGGUUAAAGGCCAAGCUGUUGGUGGCUACGAUGAGUAUCCUUUGCAUGCCCGUGGUCAUCGACCCUAUGACAAGAAGAGGGAAGAGGCUCCCAGCCUGAGACCCGUCCCCCCUCCCAUCAGCGGAGGUGGCUAUCAGCCUCGUCCAGACAAAGCAGCUAUCCGCCAGAAGAAAUUGCAGAGAAAACCCCCUGAUGCUGAUGGCUGCCUGCACGCUGACCCAGACCUGGGCGUGUUGUGUCCUACAGGAUGUCAGUUGCAAGAUACUUUGGUAAAAGAGGAAAGACCAAUCAGAAAGAAUGUAGAAGAGUUACUUGCUAAUAUAGAGUCUGUUUCCCAGACCUCUUCUUCAACCUUUCAGUAUAUAACUCUGCUAAAAACCCUGUGGAAAGAGAGGCAGAAGCAACUAAAAGAUAAUGAAAAUGUGAUAAAUGAGUACUCCUCACAGCUGGAAAAGCACCAGUUAUAUAUAGAUGAGACUGUGAACAGUAAUAUCCCAACUAAACUUCGUGUACUCCGUUCAAUUCUGGAAAAUGUGAGAAGCAAAAUACAAAAAUUAGAAUCGGAUGUCUCAGCUCAGAUGGAAUACUGCCGCAGCCCGUGUACUGUCACUUGCAAUAUUCCUGUGGUGUCUGGCAGAGAAUGUGAGGAAAUUAUCAGGAAAGGAGGUGAAACAUCUGAAAUGUAUCUCAUUCAGCCUGACAGUUCUAUCAAACCAUAUAGAGUAUACUGUGAUAUGAAAACAGAAAGAGGAGGAUGGACAGUAAUUCAGAACCGUCAAGAUGGUAGUGUUGACUUUGGCAGGAAAUGGGAUCCAUAUAAGGAAGGAUUUGGAAAUAUUGCAACCAAUGCAGAUGGGAAAAAAUACUGUGGUGUACCAGGUGAGUAUUGGCUUGGAAAUGACAAAAUUAGCCAGCUUACCAGGUUGGGACCGACAAAGCUUUUUAUUGAAAUGGAGGACUGGAAAGGAGAUAAGGUGACAGCACUCUAUGAAGGAUUCACUGUACAGAAUGAGGCCAACAAAUAUCAACUCUCAGUGAGCAAAUACAAGGGCACAGCUGGCAAUGCCCUCAUAGAAGGAGCUUCUCAACUGGUGGGAGAAAACCGGACUAUGACCAUCCACAACAGCAUGUUCUUCAGCACAUACGACAGAGACAACGACGGCUGGAAAACUGCAGAUCCCAGAAAGCAGUGUUCUAAAGAGGAUGGUGGUGGAUGGUGGUAUAAUAGAUGUCAUGCGGCCAAUCCAAAUGGCAGAUACUACUGGGGUGGCCCUUAUACCUGGGACAUGGCAAAGCAUGGCACAGACGACGGAGUGGUGUGGAUGAACUGGCAGGGGUCCUGGUACUCGAUGAAGAAGAUGUCCAUGAAGAUCAGGCCCUACUUCCCAGAGCAAUAG